AUGGCGCUCUGUAUUCCAAUAACUUGUGGCACUCAUGAGUUCACCUCAAUGCUCGAGGGAUAUGAAAAUGUCCGCGCUUACUGCUACAAUUGCCGAAAUUGGAAUGGCCAUUGCAUCACCCGGUGGCCUUUCUUCACAGUUUGCUUUGUUCCCUUGAUUCCCCUCUCAACGCACAAGUACAAGGAGGUCUUGUGUUACACAUGUCGCUUCUCGCAGGAUCUUCGCGAUCGGACUGACAUAACACCUGAUACUCGGCCGCCAGCAAUGCCAAACUAUCAGUGGGGACCUCCAGGUCCACAAUCACCCCCUCAAGCUCACGGAGCUGCAGGGUACCAGAUGGAAAGCCAGAAAGGCCAACCGCCACCGCAGCAGCAGCAGCAGCAGCAUGGACCAGUUGACUACAAGUGA